AUGCACUCGAACCUACCAAGGGACGUGGAGUUUUCAAAGAAACUGACUCCGGCCGAGGUGGUCCAAAGUGUCAUGUUGGCCACAGCCUCCACCACGGCAUUUGUGACCGAUAUGGCACAACGGUAUAGUGACCUGGUCGAGGCGCAGGAAUCAGGCAAGUUGCAAAAUAAGAUCUCCAAGUUGGAGAAAAAACUUGCGGUGUCCGAGUCUGAGAAGACGGAACUUCAGAAACGACUUCAACAAGGCGAAGCGAAGGAGGAGGAAACCGAGACUACCAUAAACAGCCUCAAAUCGGCUCUCGAGGAGGAGCAGAAGAGGGGGAACGAGGUGAAGAAGUCUCAUGAACAGGCCCUCGAGGGCGCUGGAGCCUCGGUGGUGGAGGUCUUCCGGAGGUCUAAGGCUUUCACCAAAGACCUUGGUGACCUGACCAUGCCGAGCUUCAUGUUCGGCUAUACAUCUGCAAUUGAUGAGGCCGUUCCUCACCUCUCCUCCGAAGCCUUGAAGUCCUUGAGGAACAAGGCCAACUACAACGAGGACUCCAAGGAGCGCUGUGAUUGGAUGGCCGAGGGCAUCCAGGUUGGACGAAACCUGGCCGAGGUCCGGGACGAAUUCAAUAAGUGGCUAUCCAAGCUCGACGAGGUGUUCGAGGAGGAGGAGGGAGGAGAAGAGGCUACCUUCAGUGGGGAAGACGCCGGCGAGAAGACUAGCGAGGAGCACAAAGGAGGUGGAGAACCUCAUCCCGGCGGGGAGGAGACCGGCAAGGAAACCGACCAGGAGGGAGCCGAGACAGGGGUCUAG